UGGUCCUUGACUGGCAUCUGAGGUUAGGGUACCGCAAGGUCAAUCAUCAUGACCUAGACCAGAGGUUUGGUUGUUAGUUUGCUUUUUUUUGUAACCCAAGUGUACAGAUUUGGUGUGAUAUGUCGAAGAUAUUUAUUUAUUUUGGUUGCUAUUUUAAUUAGGCCCCUGAAAACUCUCACCCGUGGACAUGCCUUUCUAUGAGUUUUCCCCUCCCAACGCCUUUUUCCGCUUCCCGUAUCCACAGCAGGAGUAGUAUUGGUAUGAUAUAUGGGCUCACCUCACUUCAAAUACUGCACCGCUGCGAGAAGAUGUCGCACGAACGGGCAGAUGAGGUCACCCGGGUGGUUUUGGACGAAUUUUCAAAGCUGCCCAAAAAGCGAAAACCCCCAAUCCGGGGCAAUGGCGUGCCUGAAUGGGUUCCGCUCAGUGGUAUAGUAGCAAAGGGGACUGAUCCAACAUCGCCCUUUCAGUGCUUGUCUCUUGCAACCGGCAUGAAAUGCCUCCCGGCCAACAAGAUGUCACAAGCUAACGGAGUCAUUCUUCACGACUGGCAUGCCGAGAUACUUGCUCUACGGGCCUUCAACCAUUUUGUCCUGGAGGAAUGUAGGGCCGUGGCGCUGGGAAAGCGGCCAUCCGAAUACAUACGCCCUAGGAGCGAUAAGGAACUCGAGGAGGCUGAAGCUGCAGAGGUACAAGGUCUGGGUUGGAACAGACAACCAUAUGCGUGGAGGGACGAUGUGAGCCUCUACAUGUACUGCUCAGAGUCUCCAUGUGGCGAUGCAUCUAUGGAGCUGAUAAUGGCAGCCCAAGAAGACGCCUCACCGUGGGACUUUUGGGACCCUCCGGUUUCUGACUCGGCAACAACAACACCACCCUCCCUGUCAUCUGAAGACAGUAUGACAAGGACAACUACAACUGAGAUUCCCAACCUGCCUGGCCGCGCCUAUUUUUCCCAGCUCGGCGUGGUUCGUCGAAAGCCUGCCCGCGGCGACGCGCCAAGGACGCUAUCCAAGUCGUGCUCCGACAAGAUCGCCCUGAAGCAGUGCACAUCCCUCCUCUCAUCACUAACUUCGCUGCUCGUCUCUCCCAAAAACGUCUACCUCCGAAACGUGAUUCUGCCAGAGUCUCGAUUUUCAAGCGAGGGAUGCGCACGGGCCUUCUCCGCCACGCCGGGCAUAGGAAGGAUGAGUCCCUUGCUAACGAGUGAUUCAUGGCCCGGCGGAUACGGGUUCCAUCCGUUCACGGUCGAGACGACCGAGACGGAGUUUGAUUACUCCAAACGGACGGUGACUGCGCGCGCCGAGGCCGCAGGCAUCUCCACCACGGGGGACAACAUCGCAUCAAGCCCGCUCGCCGUGACCUGGUCGCGCAACGGACUCGAGGAGAGCACUAUUAAUGGAGUGCUCCAGGGCCGGAAGCAGCUGGACAGACGCGGAGGCAGCAAGCUCUGCAGGCUGAGGAUGUGGGGUCUGGCACUUGAGGUUUCGGCGCUGGUCGGAGCAGGUGGUGCCCUCGCCGUGCAGAAGCUUCUGGACAGCGGCACUUACGCCGAGGUCAAAAACGGAGAUCUACUGACGCCCAGGAGAUUGGUCAAGUCCCGUGCCAGAGAGGAGGCCCUACGCGGAUGGGUGCAAAAUGUUGGAGAUGACACAUUCGGAUCCGCUGUAGCAAAGCCAAAAUCCAAGAUACCACGGAUACCGACAUCAUAGAGAUAUUCCUCCUCAUAUCAAGCCCAUAAGGCGAUUUGGGGAAUGCUCAUUCAAUCCAACUGUAUCGCCAAUGAGGCUAGUUAUAGAAGCGGCUGGCCCUUUGUUACGAAAGCUGACAUACUUAGAACAAUACGCGUUUGAAGGGUUUUGCAUACAGCCGCCCUGGUGGCCACACGACAUCAUCACAAGGCAUGCGAUAGCCUUACCAGUGCAGACUAAUGUCGAGGACUGGUUCCAUGUUUCUGUUAUUUCUGGGUCGUCAGGACGGAACGACACAAGGAGUAAGGUCAUUCCUGGCCUUUGCUCCGCUCCUCAAAGAGAAGAUAACCGAGACUUUUGCUUGCUCAAUAAAUCCAUUGAUCCGAACACGCCAG